GAUGGCGUGAAUUUCAUUGACAUCACCGAGGAGCGAAACCCGGGGUUUUACCCCACACUGCACCAGGCUAGUAACGUCCGAUAUCCGGCGAAGAUGGGGCAUGUCGAUGAGGUUGUCGGCUUGACCCGCGGCCUUACCAAGGCCAACAUGGAGCGGGAUCUGGAGAAGUUCACCUCCUUCCAUACCCGCUAUUACAAGUCCCAGACCGGAAUCGAAUCGGCGACAUGGCUCUACAAUCAGGUUCAGACGGUGAUCGAACAAUCCGGAGCAGCGGACCAUGGCGCGACCGUGGAUCAGUUUGCCCAUCCGUGGGGCCAGUUUAGCAUUAUCGCUCGCAUUCCGGGUAAAUCGAACAAGACAGUUGUAUUAGGCGCCCACCAAGAUAGUAUCAACUUGUUCCUCCCGUCCAUUCUGGCUGCCCCAGGCGCCGAUGACGACGGCAGUGGAACAGUCACGAUCUUGGAGGCGUUGCGUGGUCUGCUGCAGUCAGACACCGUGGCCCAAGGUAAGGCGCCAAAUACGAUCGAGUUCCACUGGUACUCGGCAGAGGAAGGUGGCAUGCUGGGCUCCCAGGCGAUCUUCUCUCGAUACAAGCAAGAAAGACGUGACAUCAAGGCUAUGCUCCAGCAGGACAUGACCGGUUACAUCCAGGGGGCUUUGAAUGCUGGCCGUAAAGAAGCCGUGGGCAUCAUGAUCGAUUAUGUCGAUCGAGGUCUGACACAAUUUCUUAAAGACGUGGUUACUGCCUAUUGCAACGUGGGGUAUCUUGAGACGAAAUGUGGCUACGCCUGCUCCGAUCAUACUUCAGCAAGUAAAUAUGGCUACCCCUCGGCCAUGGCUACUGAGGCUGAGAUGGAGAACACCAACAAGAGGAUCCACACGACAGAUGACCGGAUUAAAUACUUGAGUUUUGACCAUAUGUUGGAACACGCGAAGUUGACUCUUGGCUUUGCUUAUGAGUUAGCGUUUGCUUCGUUUUAA